UGGAUGAUUUCACUUUCUAUUUCGGGGAAAAGUGACGGAUUUUAGAGUUGACAUUUCACGGUAUUCUUUCCCACUCUGACCAACAAUCAGCAGCUGGCGAUGGAAAACAAGGAACCAACUCGAACCUGUGGAGCAUGCCACAAGGAGGUGGCAGAGGUCAACUUCGCCCUCCAUGAGACUCACUGCAAGCGAUUUUUAAGCCUUUGUCGGGACUGUGGAGAAACUGUCCCCAGUGAUCAGCUGAGCCAACACAGAGAGGAGCAGCACACCCAGGUAAAAUGCUCCAAGUGCAACAAGAAGAUGGAGCGUUGUCACCUCGUGGAUCAUGAGGCUGAGGAGUGUCCCGAGCGUCUGCAGAUGUGUCAGUUCUGUGAGCUGGAGGUGGCGUGGAAGCAGCUGCAGGAGCACUCUGUGGUCUGUGGGAGUCGAACAGAGCUCUGCAGGGACUGCGGUCGCUACAUCAAACUGAGUGACCAGCCAGCGCACAGUUCAACCUGCUCAGCCGCCGAUGUGGAGGACACGCCUCAAGCUGCCAGCAGUGCACCACACACAACUAAGAACAUGGUGAGCUGUAGAAGCUGUAGGAGGACAUUUCUGGCAGAAGAGAUAAACCAGCAUGAGCACGAUCAGCUGGAGUAUUAUCAAACAUCUCAGUUGGCUUAUGAAGAAGCUAAGCCGAAGGAAGAAAUGUUGGAGGAUGAAGAUGACUUCUACAAGCCACAGAGUCAAAAUCAGCUGGUCAGUGCUUAUAAGGCCACUUCCCUGUCAUACGCAGGGAGACGGGCUCCAUGGAUCAGUGAAGACAAAGAUCAGAUCAGCACCUGCCCACAUUGUCAUCUGGCCCUGCCCCUCCCAACAUUGAAAUGGCAUGAGGCAAAGUGCCGAAUCCAUAUAGUCCUGAAAGACAGAGAGGGUUAAACACAGAGAGAAUUCCUUUGAAUGGAUCUGCUUGCUGGGAGCGUAAUGAUCAACACGAAGACCCUUAGGCUGCUUUAAUGUCACUUAAUACAGCUUAUUUCUUAGAAUGUGUGUUUACAUUUGGUUUUGUUUUAUUGUCCUUUUCAUGUUUCGUGGAAUUAACUCUUAAUGCUUACAUAAAUGGAACAUUCAAACGGAAAAUGAAACAGUGGAGGGGCCUUUGUACAUUUGCUACUGAAAUUCUUUAGGUUUUUAAGUUUGUCUAUUUCAGCUUAAGGUGCAUCAAAACGUACAAAACAUGUCGACUCUGCAUGGAAGAUACAGACGUCUUGUUGUAGAGCUGAAUGACCAUCUGGUUAGAAACAGACAGCUGAACUGGGCGAGGACACAUGGAAUGUGGUGUGCUUGGAGACGGAGGCUGGACAGCAGAGCCGUUAGCAGGGCGUGGCUCAGAGCUGAGUUUCAUGGCACCACCACACCUUUCCUUUACAUGCUAAUGCUUGUCUCUUGGAUGGAAGAAUGCAAUAUUUACAAUUCAUUCACAGAUUCACUGGCAAUGAAGUGGUGGCUUUGCUGCAAAUCCCUAUGUCCUGCUGCUGUGAUGCAUAUCUGGGCUAAAACAUGAAAUUGGAAUAAAGCGGUGGGGACAGCUGGCCUUGAUGUACUUGUACAACUGUUGGUUACCAAGGAAACUUGGGACUUUGGUGGAAAGAAACUCUAGACCAAACAGUCAGACAGCUAACAUCUCCCUGCAGCUUGGUGUUAAAGAGAUGUCACAGAUUCAGCUCCUGCCCUGUUGAAACUCCUGACAUCUGAAGGAAAGUGUUGAUUCUUGGACUCUUUGUGUAUAUUAAACUGCAAAUGAAAUGAUCACUUACUUAAAUUCUGGUGUUCUAUGUGUUAAUGAUAUGCCAUUUCAUUAAAGAUUGCCCUUUAAGAAUUCAACAAAU